UUAUUUGCUAAACCAGUCCUUUUCCUUAACUUGAGAUGGAAGUAACCUUAUUAUUGUCGGCGGUUACCAGUAUUCACCGGAGCAGCAAAAAAUUUUGAAAUGGUGAAACCAGAACCGGUACUGGGCAAAGCCGAUGAAACAUUCGUUUAGGACCUCCAAAAUUUUUGAAAAAAAAUACAUAUACAUAGGUCUCAAAUUUUUUUAAAAAGCUUCCAAAUUUUCUUAAAUUUUUUUUUUCAAUAAAAUUAUUAUAAAAAUCGUCUAAGGCUCUCCAAAAUCUCAGGGCCGACCCUGGGUGAAACCGAUUCGAAUCUUAGAGAAAUGAGAUACACUUGUCAUCAUCUCCAAAUAGAGGAGGACGAUGAUCGGAGCUCCGGCUAUCAACCGGUAAAGCCAAAGUCUGACCCGUCGAUGUUCCCAUUUUGUCCUUUUAAAGUAAAAGUUAAAAUUACAUUUUACCGUUAUAAGAUUUUUUUCUUUUUAGUUUAUAUAGCCGCGACUGCUAGCUAGUACCGAAACCCUAAAGCUAUAGCGGCGAUUUCACAGGCGACAUCAAGCUCCACCGACGCAAACUCUUUUUCUAGGUACACUUCUCUUCUUCUCCAAAGCUUCAAACAUCAUGGAAGGGAAGGGAACUUGCAGAGACUUACUUGAAUUGGAACACAAGAAUCCAUCAUCUUCUUCCUCUGCUACCGAUUCAGCACUUUUGAUCCGUAAGGAGACCAAGAAGAAGAGGGAGGAGGCUCGUCCAUCGAAGCCAACGAUAGCUCCAGUUCCCAAAAGCGAGUUUCUCGACAAAGUCAAAGGCUUUCUGGGGGUCAUGGCGGAAGCUAACAAAAAGUUGGAGCAAGAAACAGAGGAAGGAAACUCUGAGGCUUUUGAUAUCGAAGCACUUACGGGGAACGAAUCUCAGGUUAUUGAGAUGGAUUUGAUGCUCGGUGUCGCUGAUCUCAACACGCCUGAAGCAGUCAGUGCGGCUGAAGCGGCUAUUGCCGGUAAUGGUGUGGCUAAUGGAAGUGGAGGAGAUUCAAGCAGCGAUGAGAGUGAUGGUGAUGAUGAUGAAAAGAUGAGCUCUUUGGGUGAAGAAAGUAGCAGAAAAGGAACCAAGAUAAUGGAGCUCUCUUGAGAUAAUAUUUUCUCUUUUCAAGUUUUAUACUUUAUAUGUUACACUUACCUAAUGUUAUCAUUGAGAUUCAUCGUUGUGUUUUGUCGAAAAAGAACACUUGGCAAUUAUGAUUAGUUAUAACCGUG